CUCAAAAAAAAAACACUACAGAAAGAAAAAAACACCCACCAUUUGAGGAAGUCCCCUUUUAUCACUCUCUCAAAAACAUAAGCUCACCCUUCCAAAACCCAUGGAACCUAUUGAAAAUAUUGGUGAAGAAUACCAAAAUUAUUGGGAGACUAAAAUGUUUCUCCAAAAUGAAGAGCUUGAUAGUUGGGCAAUUGAUGAGGCCUUUUCAGGCUACUAUGACUCAAGUUCGCCGGACGGAGCAGCCUCAUCGGCAGCCACUAAGAAUAUUGUUUCAGAAAGGAAUAGGAGGAAGAAGCUCAAUGAAAGACUCUUUGCACUUAGAGCCGUGGUCCCCAACAUUAGUAAGAUGGACAAGGCGUCAAUAAUUAAGGAUGCCAUUGACUACAUCCAAGAAUUGCAUGAUCAAGAGAAACAAAUCCAAGCUGAACUAAGUGAACUUGAAUCUGGGAAAUCGAAGAAAAAUCAGGGUGGUUUUGGUGUAUAUUACCACCAAGAGUUGCCAGUCUUGUUGAGAUCUAAGAAAAAGAAAAUUGAUUAUCAAUUUUGUGAUUUUGGAGGAUCCAAGAUUUCUCCUAUUGAGCUUCUUGAACUAAGGGUUGCUUACAUGGGAGAGAAUACAUUAUUGGUGAGCUUGACAUGCAAUAAAAGAACAGACACAAUGGUGAAACUUUGCGAGGUUUUUGAAUCAUUGGGACUCAAAAUUAUUACAGCAAAUAUCACGACUGUCUCAGGGAGAGUCUUGAAGACGGUCUUCAUUGAGGCAGAUGAAGAAGAGAAAGAUAAAUUGAAGAUAAGAAUUGAAGCAGCCAUUGCAGCUCUUAAUGAUCCACCAAGUCCUAUGAGUAUGUAACUAGAUUAAUAUCAAAUCCAAGCACAAUGGAUAUCACUUUGCAACCAUGCAUGGAUUUUCUUUUUCCUUUUAACUUCUUUUUUUAUUUUUUCUCUUUAUUGAGGUUUUUCCUCCUUGUUUCCUUGAUGAAGGGUUUAAAAUAGUAGAAAUCGUAUAAAAAAACGCAUGUAUGGUCACUAAA